AUGAUAACAAAGGCUCUUUCAGGGUCAUUAUUCAUUAAGCCCAUUUUCACCUAUACCACUUUUAAAAAAAUUCCUUUUUAUUCUUUAAGUUCAAGUUCAAGUUCAAAUUCAAAUUCAUAUUCAUAUUCAUAUUCAUAUUCAUAUUCAUAUUCACGUUUCUCAACCUUUUCAAAACUUUUAAAUAAUAACACUGAAAAUAACAAUAAAAUAAAAAAACAAAAUUCAAGUGCCAAAAAAGAAGAUAAAGUCAAACUCGAAACUCAAGAAAGAAUAUCAAAAAUCCCAAUUAGUAACUACAGAAAUUUCUCGAUAGUCGCGCAUAUCGACCAUGGAAAAUCAACUCUAAGUGACCGAUUAUUGGAAUUAACAGGCGUAAUUAAACCUGGCGAUAACAAGCAAGUCUUGGAUAAGCUAGAUGUUGAAAGAGAACGAGGCAUAACAAUAAAAGCACAGACAUGUUCAAUGAUUUACAACUAUAACAACACAGACUAUCUCUUACAUUUGGUUGAUUGUCCCGGUCAUGUUGAUUUCAGAUCAGAGGUGACAAGAAGUUUUGCUUCAGUUAAUGGAGCUUUGCUACUAAUUGAUGCCUCUCAGGGUGUUCAAGCUCAAACUGUUGCAAACUUUUACUUGGCCUAUUCACUAAAUUUAAAACUAAUCCCAAUUAUAAACAAAAUAGACAUGGAUAAUGCUGAUAUUCCAAAAUCAAUUGAUCAAAUCAAAAAUUUCUUUGAGUUGCCCACAGAAGAUAUAAUCUCUGUAUCUGCGAAAACAGGUUUAAAUGUUCCAAGUAUUUUGCCGGCUAUUAUAGAAAAGAUCCCAUCUCCAACUGGAGAUAUCAGCGGGAGAUUGAAAUCGUUUAUUGUGGAUUCAUGGUAUGAUUCCUAUGUUGGCUGUGUUUUACUAAUCAAGAUUGUUGAUGGAGUUUUGAAAAAAGGUCAAAGAAUAAUGUCUGCUCACACAAGAAAAAAAUACGAAGUCAAGGAGUUGGGUAUAAUGUAUCCCGAUAGAUUCGCAAUGGACCAAAUAUCAGCAGGGCAAGUUGGUUAUAUAAUCCCAGGGAUGAAAAAUUCUUCUGAAGCGCUAAUAGGAGAUACUUUAAUGUUGGUUGGUCAGGAAGUUGAACCAUUGCCUGGGUUUGAAGAAUCAAAACCAAUGGUGUUUGUUGGAGCCUUUCCAAGUAACGGUGGUGAGUUUCAAAUGUUAGAUGAAAGUUUGCAAAAAUUAGUUUUAAAUGAUAGAAGUGUCACUUUGCAAAAGGAAACGUCGAAUGCUUUAGGCCAAGGCUGGAGAAUUGGAUUUUUGGGUUCAUUACAUGCUUCUGUUUUCAAAGAAAGACUAGAAAAAGAAUAUGGUGCUCAAUUGAUCAUCACUGCUCCAACUGUGCCAUAUAAAGUUCAAUUCAAAGAUGGAAAAGAAAAAAUAAUCAGCAAUCCCGAUGACUUUCCUGACUAUACAACAAGAGGUGGUAGGAUUGAAUCGCUUUUGGAACCCUUUGUCGAAAUCAUGUCAACCUUUCCAAGUGAUUUCUUGGGAACUGUUAUAAAAUUGUGUCAAGAUAAUAGAGGUAUUCAAACUGAUCUCCAAUACUUGAACACCGGGCAGGUUUUGUUGAAAUAUCGAAUUCCAUUGAGCAGACUAGUCGAUGACUUUUUUGGCAAAUUAAAAUCAGCCACAUCCGGAUAUGCUUCUCUAGACUACGAAGAUGCCGGUUAUGAAAUAUCAGACAUUAUCAAGCUAGAGUUGUUGGUAAAUGGAAAGGGAAUAGAUGCCUUGGCCCAGGUUAUGCAUAAAAGCGAGAUUGAAAGCACAGCCAAACACUGGGUUAAAAAAUUCAAACAGCAUAUCCGAUUCCAGUUAUUUGAUGUGAUCAUUCAGGCAAAAGCGAACAACAAGAUUAUGGCAAGAGAAACCAUAAAGGCAAAGAGAAAGGAUGUUUUGGCCAAGUUGCAUGCCUCUGAUGUGUCGAGAAGAAAGAAAUUGCUAUCGAAACAAAAGGAAGGUAAGAAAAAGUUGCAGUCAGUGGGAAACGUUACUAUUGACCAGGAAGCAUACCAGUCGUUUUUGCGUCGCUGA